AGAGGCAGACAUAGUGGUCCUACCCCUAUCACAAUUAGAACUGUUGACAUUGAUGCAGAAUAGCAUGCUCUUUCAAACGUUAAUGAUAAAUUUCCCAGGACAGGUUGACAAUCACCUAACAGCGGACAGGCUACUCCAGACAUUACAAACCUUAGAAAUAGACUAUCCAAAAAAUGCUUUCCCUGCUAAUCAACCUAUACCCAUGGCACCGUGUGCGUUUACGGAUGCCAGCAAGUCACUGUUUGGAAUAGUGAUCAAAUCCUCAACAGAAAAAGAUAAGAUCCAUGUAGAACCCCACGGGGGAUCAGUACAAUUGGGAGAAAUAAGGGUAAUAAUCAAGGUUCUGCUCCUUAGCCAGGGCCGGUAAAUACAUUUUUGGACAGCAAAUACUCAGUACAGGUAGCAAAGACGAUCCCUUUUGCAGUCUUUAACCUGACUAAUAAGCCAAUUGACCAGAUGUUCACAACACUUAAAGAGCUAACAGAACAGAAAAUACCCAUGGUAUAUCUCACACAUAAGAUCACAUACUGGGCUACCUGGCUUUAUUUUCCAAGGCAACAAAAAGGUUGAUCAUCUUAUCUCUUGCAACACGGCUUCCAUUGGACACCUAGAACAAGCCCGUAUUCUACACCAAAAAUUUCAUAUGUCAGCAAACAACAUAAAAUUGCUUUUUCCGGAGCUAACAAUGAGCUAAUGCAAACACCUAGUGCAUUCUUGCAAGAAUUGUGCACCCCUCGCCCCAUUAGGCCCACUGCAACAAGCAGGAGUGAACCCGCGAGGCCUUGCUCCUGAUAAGCUCUGGCAAGUGGACAUCACCCACAUUAACUCCUUUGGUCAACUUAAGUUUGUCCAUGUGGUGGUAGAUACUUGUUCAAAGGCUGUAUUUGCAACAGCCCAAUCUGGAGAAAAGGCUAAUAAUGCGAUAAAGGCGGUUAAAUCAGCCAUGCUGGUCCUUGGUGUCCCCUGGACCAUAAAGACUGAUAAAGGACCAGUGUAUACAUCACAGGAAUUUAAUUCCUUCCUGAAAUCCUGGAACACACAGUCUGCCACAGGUAUCCCAUACAACCCACAGGGACAGGCAAUCAUUGAAAGAACUCAUAGGAUGAUUAAAGAUCUCUUACAAAGACAGAAAAGCAAUCAUUUGCUCCCAGACCCACAGCUUGCUUUGACUGAGGUCCUUUUCACUAUCAAUUUUCUUACUUUUGAUUCCCAAGGGAUCAGCCCAGCUCAUAAACACUGGGUUCCUUUCCAUCCCAGACCCCAGCCCCUAUGGUUAGGUGGAAAGACUUCCUGACAGGAGAAUGGAAGGGACCACACCCCCUGCUAACCGAGAGCCAAGGAUAUGCAUGUGUCUUUCCAGAGAAAGCGAAACAGCCCAUUUGGGUAACAGCCAGAAACAUUAAGCCUGCUACUGACAGCCAACCAGAACCAGCUAAAUAAGACUGAGAGUCUGCCUUGUUAGCGGAUGCAGCUGCCCUAUCAUCCUACCCUGAGAAACUGCCCAUAGCCACAUCCGUUACUGGUUUAUACCCCACUAGCUCUGGUCAGCCACUCAAAUGGCCCACAGGCUGUGUGCGGUCAUGCCAUUCCUGAUUAUUCCUCAUUCCUACCCCUAUCUGAGCAAGCACUCCUGUGGUCUCCUGUUUUGAGCACUGGUUAGUCAAUGAUGGGUAAGAUCCCCUGGGGGACAACCUAAGACAGUCACAGCCGCGUAGGGAGACCACGUGGAAAUGGGGUCAACAAUGGUAUGGCCAAGAAUCAUGCCUUCCGUUGCUCAAAAACAAAAAGGGGCAAAUGUGGAGUGAGAAGGUGAGAAGUCAUGCCAAGACGGCCGCUGACAACAGAAACUGCCUGGCAACAGGCCGUGAUUAGAUGGCUUCAGAAACAUGACUACAGAGCCUGACUGACAACAGGCCGUGAUUGGAUGGCUUCAGAAACCACACAACAGAGCCUGACUGGCAACAGGCUGUGAUUGGCUGGUUUCAGAAACUGCCUGGCAACAGAGCCUGACUGGCAACAGGCUGUGAUUGGAUGGCUUUGGAAACUGCCUGGCAACAGGCUGUGAUUGGUUAGGGCAUAGACUGCCUCUUGACCGGAUUGGCUGCCUUGGCUAUAUAAGCAGCUGUAGCAACUGAAAUAAGUCUGCAGGCUGCUUGCCUCAGGCCUGCUUUCACCUGACUCCCGGGGUCUGUGUGGUGGCUCUGCCCCUCUUGCCCCCAUCAUGCUGCUCCUCUCAGGAAUGAAUCCACAGCAACACUCCGGGUGAUCUGCAACUCUUUCACCAUCUGUAAUGCAGAGAUGCAGGAAGUUGGUGUUGGCCUAUAUCCUAGUAUGUCACUGCUCAAUCACAGCUGUGACCCCAACUGUUCGAUUGUGUUCAAUGGGCCCCACCUCUUACUGCGUGCAGUCCGAGACAUCGAGGCGGGAGAAGAGCUCACCAUCUGCUACCUGGAUAUGCUGAUGACCAGUGAGGAGCGCCGGAAGCAGCUGAGGGACCAAUACUGCUUUGAGUGUGACUGUUUCCGAUGCGAAACCCAGGACAAGGAUGCUGAUAUGCUAACCGGUGAUGAGCAAAUAUGGAAAGAAGUUCAAGAAUCCUUGAAAAAAAUUGAAGAACUGAAGGCACAUUGGAAGUGGGAACAGGUUCUGGCCCUGUGCCAGACAAUCAUAAGCAGCAACUCCGAACGGCUUCCCGACAUCAACAUCUACCAGCUGAAGGUGCUCGACUGUGCCAUGGAUGCCUGUAUCAAUCUCGGUCUGUUGGAGGAGGCGUUGUUCUAUGGCAUUCGGACCAUGGAGCCAUACAGGAUUUUUUUCCCAGGAAGCCAUCCUGUCAGAGGCGUCCAAGUAAUGAAAGUUGGCAAACUGCAGUUACAUCAAGGCAUGUUUCCCCAAGCCAUGAAGAAUCUGAGACUGGCUUUUGAUAUCAUGAGAGUGACCCAUGGCAGAGAACACAGCCUGAUUGAAGAUCUGAUUCUCCUCUUAGAAGAAUGUGACGCCAACAUAAGAGCGUCCUAGGAAAACUCGUCAGAGGAAGAGACGGCUUACACACCUUUUUCGGAUGCCUUACUGAGGUCACGCACUCCAUACCCUGUUUCUUGUGUGACCCUCCCCUACAGGAAAUGCUGUUCUGUGUUUAUGUAGGUAAAUAAAACAGACAUGUAGUUUGCAAACUAUGAGAAUCCUUAGUUGUAGACCAGCACGAUUACAAUAAAUACUAAUGAAUUGUUGAAUUCCCACCUAGUAAUUGUUUUCUUUGCUCACUCGUUGGUGGUUUUAAUGUUUAAGAUAUCUACACUCAAGAUAGAAAAUGUUAAUAAAAGCAUGACAGAAUAAGUUAUAACUUUCUUUUUGGUCACAUGUAGGGGUAAUUUAAUAAAAGUCACUGUUUUCACAUUUGCUUCUAAGCAAAAACUGUUUUGGCAAGAAACAAUUUUGAGACUGUUGUUUCUGUUCUUUGUGAUAAAUGUUUAUGUCCAUUGUUUACUUCUAAAUACAUUUUCAAGAAGUUUUAUCCUAAAUCCUAGAAAGAAGUCAUUUCAAAUGUUAUUAGAAAAAUAAUAGGAAAUCUUAAUGCAAAAAAUGUUUGUGAAUGCUUCACGGCUCUUUGUAAAUCUUUCCUGUGUGCAUUUUAGAACUCUUUGUGUAUGUCAUACUUCCUCUCCCUUGCAGUUUUUUCCCUGUAAUUCCCAAAUCUGUGGUUCUUUGUGUGAUAUGCAUAAUAUGAUACUCACAUUUAUCCUGCAGUAAGCCAGGUCGUAGCAUACUAGCUCAAAUCACACUUGCUUUCUUUUCUUUCUCCUCUUUAUUAGUUCCCAAUUCUUUGGCCACUUUUUCUGCCUCAGACAAAUACAGAAAAUCUUUUCUUUUCCUCCUCCCAAAAUAAAUCAAUAAAUUCUUUUAUGGCUCA